AUGCAGAACGUGGAUCCUCCUUGCGACAUUGUUACAGAAUUUGCGGAGCUGUUUGAGAGGGCCCAAGCCACAGACAAGGUGGACAGCUGCAGGAAAACACUGGCAGAGCUCACCAUGAUGGAGGCCCAGAUAAAGGCCCAGGCAGAGGCCUUCAAGCGGAUGUCUCAGGGCUACGAAGCCAGCAUUGACUCCUCAACAGACUUCAUGGCUCGCCUGGAGCAGACUAAUGCUGAAAUCCCUGUCAAUUGCAACCCAGAAGAGGAGGAGCGCUUCAGGGAGAUGCAGGAGAAGCUGUGGAGGGUGAAUCACCCGAACGAGCCCAUGCCAGCUGCCGGCGGGGCUGCAGACGAAGAUGAGGACGUCAUUGUUGCAGACUCUGGCAAUGACCUUGCACGCAAUGUCAAGUGUCCCAUCUCUGGCGUGGAGGUGCUGAAUUUGAAAGAGCCUGUGGUCGAUGAAGUCGGCUUUGUGUACGAGAAAGAGUCCAUUGAGGGUUGGCUCGUGCCUCAUGGAAACCGCCCCGUGGAGGCACCUAUAGCCGGCACGAGCCACAAGAUCACGAAGGCAGGGCUUAAAAAGGCUACCAGGGUGAUCAGGGAGCAGCGAAGGAGGCAGAAAAGACCCCAGACACAGCAGGCAGAGGAUGCAGCUGUGCUGGACGUUUGA